CUUAUUUCAUCGUCAACCGAAGCACCCCGUCAUUUUAAAGGGGCGGCAUCAACAGGAAGUAAAGUUGAUGAAUCAAAUGGCUUCUUCAAAAGUCUUAUAAAAUUUAAUUUUACAAAUAAAUAAUCUCACCCAAUUUCUGUCUUCUCAAACCAAUCAUGACGGACUCUUCAGGAACCACUUUGAUGGAUCUGAUAACGGCUGACCCGUCCACGGCUUCCACAAUGACGACGGCGUCGUCGGGAUCCACGGCGCCGUCGGCGGCUGCCCCGACAUCAGUGUCGAGCGGUGGCGGAGGUAUUUCGACGAAGACGACAUUGGGAGAGAAGAAGUCCAAGAGAGCGACGUUGAUGCAGAUCCAGAACGACACCGUUUCUGCGGCCAAGGCCGUUUUGAAUCCGGUUCGUGGCAACAUCAAUAUCAUGCCGCAGAGGCAAAACAAGAACAAAAAGCCGGUUUCAUAUGCGCAACUUGCGAGGAGUAUUCAUGAACUAGCUGCUACUUCAGAUCAGAAAAGUUCACAGAAACAAUUAGUGCUUCAUGUUUUUCCAAAGCUCGCUGUGUAUAAUUCUGUUGACCCUUCCUUGGCGCCUUCUCUUCUUAUGCUGGAUCAACAAUGUGAAGAUAGAAGUGUACUACGCUAUGUCUAUUAUUACUUGGCCAGAAUUUUAUCGGAUACUGGGGUGCAAGGCUUAAGUCCGGGUGGUGGGAUCCCAACUCCGAACUGGGAUGCCCUUGCUGACAUAGAUGCUGGUGGAGGUGUAACUAGAGCUGAUGUGGUUCCUAGAAUUGUUAACCAGCUUACAACAGAAGCUUCAAAUCCUGAUGUUGAAUUUCAUGCUCGGAGACUUCAAGCUUUGAAGGCUCUUACUUAUUCUCCUUCUAGCAACUCUGAAAUUUUCUCCAAAUUGUAUGAAAUUGUGUUCGGCAUUCUUGAUAAGGUUGCUGAUGGCCCCCAAAAACGUAAAAAGGGCAUGUUUGGGACCAAAGGUGGUGAUAAAGAGUCAAUCAUCCGGAGUAACUUGCAAUAUGCUGCCUUAAGUGCUUUGAGGAGGCUUCCUUUGGAUCCCGGAAAUCCAGCAUUUCUGCAUCGUGCUGUGCAGGGGGUUUCAUUUGCUGAUCCUGUUGCUGUGAGACAUUCUCUUGAAAUCCUCUCUGAUUUGGCAACGAGGGAUCCUUAUUCUGUUGCAAUGGCAUUAGGAAAGCUUGCUCUCCCUGGAGGGGCUUUACAGGAUGUUCUCCAUUUGCCUGACGUGCUCGCUAGAGUUGCAUUGGCCAGGUUGUGCCAUGCAAUAGCUAGAGCUCGGUCUCUUGAUGAGAGGCCAGACAUAAAAUCUCAGUUCAACUCAGUACUCUAUCAGCUCCUGUUGGAUCCCAGUGAACGAGUUUGUUUUGAGGCAAUCUUAUGUGUAUUGGGAAGAUCUGAUAACACAGAUAGGACGGAAGAGCGUGCUGCUGGCUGGUACCGGUUAACUAGGGAAAUUCUCAAAUUGCCAGAAGCACCCUCUGUAUCAUCAAAGGGAUCUGAGGCAAAUGAUGCACUUCCGCCAAAAUCUUCUAAAGAGAAAUCUUCAAAGACAAGGCGCCCACAACCUCUCAUUAAACUUGUAAUGAGAAGGUUGGAGAGCUCUUUUCGUAGUUUCUCCAGGCCAGUGCUUCAUGCAGCUGCUAGAGUUGUGCAGGAGAUGGGAAAAAGUCGGGCUGCAGCAUUUGCUGUAGGUUUACAGGACAUUGAUGAAGGAGUACAUCUUAAUUCAUAUUCUGAGAUGACUGAUACACUUGAUUCAGAUAUUAGUGAAACCUCACACCCUGAAGGUGUCCGGCAAACGUCCUCUGUAUCUAAUGGAACAGGUAGUAAGGAUACAAUCGCUGGUUUGUUAGCUUCACUGAUGGAAGUGGUACGAACAACUGUAGCAUGUGAGUGUGUUUAUGUUCGGGCAAUGGUAAUCAAGGCAUUGAUAUGGAUGCAAAGUCCAUACGAGUCAUUUGAUGAACUAGGAUCAAUUAUUGCAUCGGAGCUUUCUGAUCCAUCUUGGCCAGCAACACUAUUAAAUGACAUUUUGCUCACUUUGCAUGCUCGUUUUAAAGCAACUCCAGAUAUGGCUGUCACUCUUCUUGAAAUUGCAAGAAUCUUUGCUACUAAAGUUCCGGGGAAGAUUGAUGCUGACGUAUUGCAACUGCUAUGGAAAACAUGCCUUGUUGGAGCUGGUCCUGAUGGAAAACAUACUGCUCUGGAAGCAGUCACUAUAGUGCUUGACCUACCACCACCACAGCCUGGGUCGAUGUUUGGGCCUCUUUCAGUAGAUAGGGUGUCUGCGUCUGAUCCAAAGUCUGCUCUUGCAUUACAGAGAUUAGUCCAAGCUGCAGUAUGGUUCUUGGGAGAAAAUGCAAAUUAUGCUGCUUCUGAAUAUGCUUGGGAAUCUGCAACUCCUCCUGGUACUGCAUUGAUGAUGUUAGAUGCAGAUAAAAUGGUUGCUGCUGCUAGUUCUCGCAACCCUACUCUUGCUGGUGCUUUGACUCGACUUCAGAGGUGUGCUUUUUCUGGCAGCUGGGAGGUUCGUAUUGUUGCUGCUCAAGCUCUUACGACCAUGGCAAUCAGGUCUGGUGAGCCUUUCAGGCUGCAGAUCUAUGAAUUUUUGCAUGCUUUAGCUCAUGGUGGUGUGCAGUCGCAAUUUUCGGAAAUGCAUCUCAGUAAUGGGGAAGAUCAAGGAGCCAGUGGUACAGGCCUUGGAGUGCUGAUAAGUCCUAUGAUAAAGGUUCUUGAUGAAAUGUACCAAGCACAAGAUGACCUGAUCAAGGACAUACGCAAUCAUGAUAACGCAAAAAAAGAAUGGACAGAUGAUGAGCUUAAGAAGCUGUAUGAAACACAUGAGCGUUUAUUGGAUCUUGUUUCACUUUUUUGCUAUGUCCCAAGGGCAAAAUAUCUUCCAUUGGGCCCAAUUAGUGCAAAACUUAUUGACAUCUAUCGUACGCGGCAUAAUAUAAGUGCAUCCACUGGUUUGAGUGAUCCAGCAGUUGCCACUGGAAUUUCUGACCUUGUUUAUGAAUCUACUAAACCAGCACCUGCUGAGCCUGAUGCACUUGAUGAUGACCUUGUGAACGCUUGGGCAGCGAACCUUGGUGACGAUGGCCUGUUGGGAAACAAUGCACCAGCCAUGAACAGGGUUAAUGAAUUCCUAGCUGGUGCUGGUACGGAUGCUCCAGAUGUUGAUGAGGAAAAUGUCAUUUCCAGGCCUUCAGUUAGUUAUGAUGAUAUGUGGGCAAAGACUCUUUUAGAGUCUUCAGAGUUAGAGGAAGAUGAUGUGAACUCUGGGUCUUCUUCCCCAGAUUCUGCUGGAUCAGUUGAAACUUCUAUAUCAUCGCACUUUGGUGGAAUGAGCUACCCUUCAUUAUUCAGUUCAAAGCCGUCUACCUAUGGGGCUUCACAAACCUCGGAAAGAGCAAGCAAGUUUUCGUCAGGUUAUGGUUCUCCAAUUAGGGAGGAGCCUCCACCAUACACAUCACCUGGCAUGCAAAGGUACGAGUCAUUUGAGAACCCGUUAGCUGGUGGAUCACAGAGUUUUGGGUCUCAGGAUGAUGGGCGAUCAUCAUCUGGGAAUCCACAGUUUGGGACAGCACUUUAUGACUUCACUGCUGGUGGAGAUGAUGAGUUAAAUUUGACAGCUGGAGAAGAGCUCGAAAUUGAAUACGAAGUUGAUGGAUGGUUUUAUGUGAAGAAGAAACGCCCUGGAAGGGAUGGCAAAAUGGCUGGGCUGGUACCUGUCCUCUAUGUCAAUCAAUCUUGAAGUCGCUUCAUCAUAUGCUAAACAUUCAUCUUUUGGUCUGUUUUCUGAGCCAUUUAUUGCGUGAAAAUUUUGUCAGAGCUUUCUUGUAUCGUGUUUUGUCAUAUUGAAAUUGAAGAUAUUGCGUGCAAGGACAAUGCAGAUUACUAGGGUUCUAUGCCUGGAGUUCCUUGUUUGUUAUUUUUCUCAUUCUUAGUUUUCAAGCUCAGCAGAUCAUGUAGGGGAUCAGCCUGUCGAUAUUCUGUUGUUUGUAUCAUUUUUACCAUGAUAAUUCUGUUAAUAGUUUCUUCUAGUUGUCAUUAUACAUAUAUAUUUAUAAAGCUUUAGAUUUAGUGAGUGUAA